CAUUGUUCUUUCCCUCCGCCGUGACUCGAUCAAGAUGCCCACCGUCGCUGUUGACAAGGAAGACCUAUGGGAGCGUCUGGGGCAGAAGUACUCAUCUGACGAGUUUGACAAACUAUGCUUCGACUACGGCCUGGAAUUAGACGAAGAUACCACGGAGGAGGUAGAAGAGCUCAAGAAGAAGGGGCUACCCGCGGAACGUCCACAACUCAAAAUCGAGGUCCCAGCCAACAGAUAUGAUCUGCUGUGUAUAGAAGGGUUGGCCCGCGCACUUCGCGUCUUCCUGGGGAAGGAGGAGCCGCCGCGGUACAAGCUCGUCCAUCCUGCGGGUGGAGACUCUGCCCUGGUAACGGUUAAUGUGGACAAGGAGACUGCGAAGAUUCGUCCCUACUUCGCAUCAGCGAUCCUCCGCAACGUCAAGUUCACCGAGCGAUCGUACCAAUCCUUCAUCGAAUUGCAGGACAAGUUACACCAAAAUAUUUGCCGGAGAAGACAACUUGUUGCCAUCGGUACCCACGAUCUCGAUACCUUGAAGGGACCCUUCCGCUAUGAAGCGCGCCCACCGAAGGACAUCAAGUUCGUUCCCCUCAACAAGGACAAGGAGUACACGGCGGAGGAGCUCAUGACGGUGUACGAGAAAGAGAAGCACCUCGCAAAAUACCUGCCCAUCAUCCGCGACUCGCCUGUCUACCCCAUCAUCUACGACGCUGAAGAUCGGGUAGCGUCUAUGCCCCCCAUCAUCAACUCCGAGCACAGCAAGAUCACUCUGAACACGCGUAAUGUGUUCAUCGACGUGACAGCCACCGACCAAACGAAGCUGAACAUCGUCGUGAACAUCGUCGCCACUAUGUUCUCAGAAUACUGCGCGGAGCCCUACACGAUCGAGCCCGUCAAGGUCGUCAUGCCCGACGGCAAGGCGCACAUCUUCCCCAACCUCACCGAGCGCCCCACCUCCGCCCACGCCUCCUACGUCAACUCAUGUACCGGCCUCGACCUCAAUGCACCGCAAGUGGCCUACCUGCUGAAGAAGAUGUCGCUCUACCCCACCCUCUCGGAAAACAAUCCCGACGAGGUCCUGCUCAACAUCCCUGUCACGCGGCCAGAUAUCCUGCACGAGUGCGAUGUUAUGGAGGACGCGGCAAUUGCGUAUGGCUUCAACAACCUGCCGCACAAGUUCCCGCGAACGAGCACUGUCGCGCAGCCGCUUGCCAUUGGGAAGCUGAGCGAUGUCAUCCGUCGCGAGUGGGCGCUCGCGGGUUGGGUUGAGGCACUCCCCCUGAUCCUCUGCUCUCACGAAGAGAACUUUGAAUGGCUCAACAGGGAAGACGACGGCAAGACCGCCGUAAAGAUUGCCAACCCCAAGAGCAUCGAGUUCCAGGUCGUGCGCACCACCCUCCUCCCCGGACUGUUGAAGACGAUCCGCGAGAAUCGCUCACACGCGCUGCCGAUCCACAUCUUUGAGGCGAGCGACGUCGUGUUCAAGGACACGUCGCGCGAGCGGCAGGCGCGCAACGAGCGGCACGCGGCCGCGGUGUGGUGCAACAAGACCGCCGGGUUCGAGAUGGUGCAUGGGCUGUUGGACCGCGCGAUGCGGAUGCUGGAGGUGCCGAGGAUCAGCAGCACGGACUUCAAGGCGGAGACGGGGUAUUAUAUAAAGGAGAGCAGUGACCCCGCUUACUUCCCCGGCCGCUGCGCAACUAUCCACUACCGCCCCGCCCCCGUCAAGCACACCAAGCUCUCCGAGCUGAAGGAGGACAUCAAGGCGACACUCCACACCAAGAAGGAUCUCAUCAUCGGCGAGCUCGGCGUCCUGCACCCGAGCGUGCUCGAGAAGUUCGAGAUCGGCUUCCCUUGCUCUGCGGUCGAAUUCAGCCUCGAGCCGUUCAAGAAGCAGAUGCAGAAGAUCUGGACGAACGACGAUUAGCCGCAGGUAGAGAAAGGGUAUGUAGAUGAAAAGUGUAUCAUUUAAACGCGGUUGUAUGUUGUAUGAGUACUGUUGUUGUACAAGCAAGCCGAGUGCAGGCGCUUAUGCUGCCUGACUUGGGUUCUUCGGGCCCUUGAAAUUAUCGAACCUCAAGCCCAUGUUAUUAGCGUCCGCCCCCUCAAUCGGCUCAAAUCCCAACUUCUCAUAAAACGCCCUCGCCGCUGUAUUCCUCGGGUCCAUCCCCAACCACAACCCCUCCAACCCCUCCCCACUCAGAUACUCUACCGCCCUUGCGAUGAGCCUCCUUCCCCAUCCCUGCCCCUGGUACCUGUCCAGG